AUGGAUAGAACCGAUGAGUUUGUGAAGAUCAUCCGGGCCACACUCAUUCCCCAGCAGGGAAGGCCUCUUCUUUCAUCUCCAUACACAAAGGCAUUUGAAAUAGAUGCAGCAAUAGAGAAGACACUUUCCGAAAUAGAUAGGAUGCUAAGCAAGGAGAGGGUAUAUGAGUCAUUUACACUACAGUCGAAGAUAGACAAGGCCUGCGAGUUGGUGGGGAGGAUGCGAGAUGCUAUAGGGCUUGAAACGAGAUACAGAAACGAUCAGGAAGCCAUGUCGUAUACAAAUCUUGAGGGGAUGAUCAAAAACAGAGUGUCAAGAUAUAACAUAAAGCUGAAGGAAUUCAUCAACAGAAGAAACGAGCGAGCACAGGCUGUGAGUGAGAGGAGGAAGGAGUUUGAUUCUGAGUGCUCCCGAGAGUACCAAGACACUGUGCUUAUGGAGAACGAGGUUGUCACAGAAAGGAUCAAGGAAAGGCAGAAGAUAUCGAUGCAGAUCAGCGAGAUAGGGCAGAUAAUGGAGGAAAUAAGCAUGCAUGUGUCUCUUCAGGAGGAGAGCUUCAAAAGGAUUGAUGAUCUCAUGGCAACCUCAGAUUCCCUCAUUUCUGGAAGUCUCGAUCUCAUGAAGAAGACCUGGGAAAAUGUUUCUGGUACUCGUCCUGCAAUAAUCAAGUUCGUGGUGUUCUGGCUAGUAUUAGCCCUGGCCUUUUGGCUGCUGAGGAGGUGA